AUGGCUUGUGUACUCGGCGUGCUUCACGGGCUGAUGAUGAGCCCGUUGGAUAUUUUGAAGCAACGACACCCCGCCGACGACAAAUAUCGAGUUUUGGACUACUGCUUCUCCUACUUCAGCACGGUCUUCUUCUUCUCUAGCCUAUAUUUUGUGAUCUACUGUUUUGUGAGAAGGGAAAAGAUGUCCGUGGUGAUUCCUACUCUCAUCUAUGGAGCGCUAUGGAAUAUCGGGAUGACAGGAUGGUUUUUAUCCAGCGACAAAUUAGAACAGACAGUGGCUUAUCCGAUUACAACGAGGUUACCGGCCAUCAUUGGCGCUAUAAUCGACGUGGUAAUCUUUAGAAGUAUAAAGGGACGAAAGAACCAAAUCUACUUGACGUUCUGUAUGGUGCUUGGUGUGACAGCCGUCGUCCUGAUCGCGCUGUCCAACCAGAAAUUU